CAAUGGAAAAUGAUGAUUCAAAGUCAGAUAGUGGUGAGAAUUGGUCCGGUUCUGUGGGUUCACCGGCUAUGAUGGAAGAAAUAGAAGAAGAUGAGGAACAAUUCACUCAGGUUUUAAAUGAGAUAAGAAAAGAGUUGAAAGAUAGAAUGAAAACUUCAAAAAGACGACCAGUGGCUAAUGCACAAGCACAAGUUUUAUCGUUUAAUAAGUCAGCUCAUCCGGAAACAAUUGCAGAUCAUAACGACCCUUAUAAGGUUGAUUGGACUGUGGUUGACGAAAAUGUGGACUAUUAUGUUGGGGAAAAGGCACUUCGUCUCCAUGAUAAAGAGAAUCAUUUUAAAUUAUUCUAUCCGAUACAACAUGGUGAAUUUAAUACCAGGGAUUAUAAUUCAAUUAAAGCAGUUGUUGGAGAUUUGGAAACAAUUUGGACCACUACGAUAACGGAAAAGCUUGGGAUCACCUCGAAGAAUUUUAAGUUAUAUUCCAUAAUACUCAUUAUUCCUGAUAUCUAUAAUCGUCUAUACGUCUCAGAGAUGAUAACAAUGUUAUUACGUUAUAUGGGAUUUCGCUGUGUUUUUGUAGCGCAAGAAUCAGUUUGUGUGAGUUUUGGUGCCGGCAUAUCAGUUGCAUGUAUUGUGGAUAUUGGUGCUCAAACAUCCACCGUUGCUUGUGUGGAAGAUGGGAUGUGCAUUCCAGAUUCAAGGAUAUGCCUGCGCUAUGGAGGCGAUGAUAUCACAACAUUCUUUAUAAGGCUUUUGCGAAAGAGUAAAUUUCCAUAUACUGAAAUGGAUUUAAAUCGUAUGUAUGAUUGGAUGUUGGCUGAAGAAAUGAAGGAAAAAUUCUGUACUUUGGAUGAAGCUAAUCUUGUAAUCCAAUUGAAUGAAUUUUAUGUAAGAGCUCCUAAUCAACCGACAUUGAAAUAUCAAAUUAAAACAUAUGAUGAUGCUAUUAUUUCCCCUAUG